AUGGAUCCGUUAUUUAAUAUACAAAAUGAUAUCAAUUUAAGAUUGAAUAAAUAUAGAACUAAUUUUAAAAAGAGUCCGAAGGAACGUAUUACACAAGAAUAUUUAGAUAGUAGAUUACAAGCAUUAGAAGAGUUAUGGUUAGAAUUUAAGGAGGGCCAUAAAGAAAUAUUAAAAAUAGCUGCUCCUGGUAAAUUAAAAAGUCAUGAGUAUGUAACAGAACAAUUGUUUGAUAAAUCAGAAGAGUUGUAUUUCGAUUAUAAAUGUGAAUUGUUAAAGUUAAAAAGUUUUGAAAAUAAAAAUAGUAGUAGUGUCAAUGUAUCCAAUGAUGUUGCAAAUGUUAAGUCGAGCCAUGUUAAAUUACCCCGCAUCAUUAUUGGUAGUUUCUCAGGAAAAUACACAGAAUGGCCAACAUUUAGAGAUUUAUUUAUUUCGAUGAUUCAUAAUAAUGACUCAUUAGAUAAAGUUCAGAAGUUACACUAUUUAAAAGGGUAUUUAACGGGUGAGGCGGAACAACUUGUUCGACAUAUUCAAGUAUCGGAAUGUAACUAUGAUCUUUGUUGGAAACAAUUAGAAGAACGUUAUAAUAACAAGAAGUACUUGUCUCAUUGUAUAUUAAAAAGACUACUUAGUCAAAAAAAUGCGUCCUCAGAGUCAUCUAGUUUUUUAAAGGAAUUACUAGAUACAUCGUCCGAGUGUUUGAGUGCCUUGUCUAAUAUUGGUAUUAACGUAAGCUCAUGGGAUAUAAUUGUCAUUCAUGUAUUAACUUUAAAACUUGACCCUGAAUCCCGUAAACAGUGGGAGCUUAACGUCACUAGUAAUACUAAUUCCGAUUCGUUGCCUACAUUUAAUCAAUUUAAAGAAUUUUUAACUAGUAGAUAUAGAGCACUAGAGUUCGUAGAACCACACAAUAAGAAAUUUGAGAAUAGAUGUUCACUUAAUAAUCCUGUAAAAACAAAGGCACUACAUGUUACAAAUGUUACAAAUAUAGCUUGUGAAUUUUGUUCAGGCAAUCAUAAAUUGUGUUUUUGUAAACAGUUUGCUUCUGAGAGUUAUAACAAAAGACAUGAAUUUGUAGUUAAUCAACGUAUUUGUUUCAACUGUUUAGGGAGUAACCAUUCGGUAAAAUUUUGUCGAAAGCCCAUUAGUUGUAGAAUAUGCAAGAGACGUCACCACUCUCUUCUUCAUUCUCAAGCAGGGUCGUCAAACGUUAAUCAAGGUAGCAUAGUACAAACGGUUGAUGCGAUUCCUUCUACGAGUCAGGAAAUUGGUAAUGCUUCGAGUGGACCAAUUGUCUCUUGUUUUAGUCAAAAUAAAGUUAGUACAAUAUUAUUAGCUACUGCUUCAGUUAAUAUUAAAACAAGAACCGGGGAGUAUAAGAUGGUUCGAGCCUUGAUUGAUCAGGGAUCACAAGCUUCUUUUAUUUCGGAAUCCAUAGUGCAGGUGUUCGGUUUAAAAAAGAUUCCUACAAAAGGAACAAUAUCUGGAAUUGGAGGUAAAAGUUCAGUUGUUUCAAAAUAUAUUGUCAUGCUAAAGUUAAAAUCAACAACAGAUCCAUCCUUUACAAUGGACGUAAAGGCUUAUGUUUUAAAGCAAAUUACUUCAUACUUACCUGAGUCACGUGUGUCUAUUGGCGAUUGGGAUGAAUUCAAGAAUAUUAGCUUAGCAGAUCCGCAUUAUGAUACACCUAAUAAAAUAGACGUAUUAUUAGGGGCUGAAGUGUACAGUCAGAUUAUUAAAGAUGGAGUAAUAAAGAGUUUUGCGGGAUCUCCAGUUGCCCAAUGUACUUCACUAGGAUGGAUUUUGUCUGGUCCCAUUAAUUCUGUAAGUCCUGGUAAACAAAGAAUUGUUAAUGUUGUUAUGCAUACUCACGUCCAAGAAGAUGACGCGUUGAAACGUUUCUGGGAGAUUGAAAUGGCGGAUAAUUGCUGUAAGAAAAUAUUAACACUAGAUGAACAAAAGUGCGAAGACAUUUUUGUUGCAACUACAAAAAGAGAUUCUGAUGGUAAAUAUAUUGUUAAGUUACCAUUUCGUACGGAUGAUCCUCCUUGUAAAGGCGGUAAUUCCAGAGAAAUAGCUAUCAAGCGUUUUUAUAAUUUAGAGAAAAAAUUAGCAAAGGAUAACAAGCUUAAGAAUGAAUAUACUAAAGUGAUAAAUGAAUAUUUGUCUAUGAACCAUAUGAAAUUAAUAAAACAGCCAGAUUAUAAAGCAAAUGAGUCAGUUUACUUACCUCAUCAUGCCGUGGUACGUGAAGAUAAGUCUACCACCAAAACAAGAGUUGUGUUCGAUGCAUCCUGCAAAAAUGAAAACGGUAUAUCAUUAAAUGAUACAUUAUUAGUAGGACCUACGAUACAAGGCGAGUUACGUCACCUUAUUAUGCGCUGGAGAAGCUAUCCCGUAUGUUUAACUGCGGACAUAAUUAAAAUGUAUAGAAUGAUUAAAAUAGCAGAAGAAGAUAAUGAUUAUCAACGAAUUAUAUGGAGAGAGAAUAUAAAUGAUGAAAUAAAAGACUACAAAUUAUUAACUGUCACCUUCGGAACAUCAUCAGCUCCCUUUUUAGCAGUCAGAGCACUUAAUCAGGUGGCUUAUGAUGAAGGAGAAAGGUAUCCUUUGGCUGCAGCACGGGUUGCUAAAGAGUUCUAUAUGGAUGAUUUAAUGACCGGAGGAGAAACAGUACAGGAAUGUUUACAAAUAUAUCAUGAAAUGAAUGAACUAUUAAUGAAAGCGGGAUUUAAAUUACAAAAAUGGAAUAGCAAUAAAGAUGAAAUUAUGGAGGUAAUACAAAAUGAUAAAGAGAGAGAAGGAAGAGAAAAGGAGAUUAGUAAUACAGAUACAAAAAUAGAAAAUAUAGAAAUAAAAACAGAUAAUACUAUUAACAUAUUAGGACUUACCUGGAAUAGAAACCGCGAUGAAUUCCAAUAUUCAGUGAAGUUGCCGCCGCUGUCCGCACCUGUAACUAAAAGAAAAAUAUUGUCAGAUGUAGCUAGGUUAUAUGACCCGAUGGGUUGGAUAGCACCUAGUGUAGUAAUAGCUAAAGUAAUGAUACAGAAACUCUGGUUGGCCGGUUUAGAAUGGGAUGAAGAAGCACCUAAAGAGUUAAUAAAAGAAUGGCUUACUUACCGUUCAGAACUGCCACAACUUACUGCAUAUAAAAUUCCCCGAUGGAUGUACACUAAGCAUGAUAAUGUCAGCGUUGAAUUGCAUGGCUUUAGCGAUGCAUCUCAAAUAGCAUACGCAGCUGUGGUAUAUGCUCGGAUUAUAGAUUCGAGUGGAGUAGUACACGUGUCAUUAGUUAGUUCAAGGAGCCGAGUAGCUCCCAUAAAACAAAUUAGUAUACCACGCUUAGAACUCUGCGGUGCAGUAUUGUUAGCAAAAUUACUAGUAGAAGUUGCUGAUAUAUUAGUUGUUCCAAUAACAAACGUAAAGGCAUGGACCGAUUCCACGGUAGUAUUGGCUUGGUUGAGUAAGCACCCGAGUAGUUGGAAGACCUUCGUAGCGAACAGGGUAUCGGAGAUAUUAACAGUUUUAGAUUCCUCUCAUUGGUAUCACGUGUCAUCCAAACAAAACCCUGCGGAUUGUGCCUCUCGAGGAUUGGGUCCAUCGCUUCUUAUCGCCCAUGAUCUUUGGAAUUCCGGUCCUGAAUUUUUAUGGAAUAAAGAUAUAGAAUAUUCUAAAUUAAAAUGCAAUGAAACUCAUUUGGAAGAAACUGUAAAGGUACAUCAUAUAACUAUAGAGAAUUUUAUUGUAGAUAAAUAUUCGGAUCUUACAAAGCUUAUUAAAAUUAUAGCAUGGUGUAGACGUAUUAUUACAAAACAAAGGAUUUUAGCAGAGAAUGGACAAUUAAAUUAUUUAAACAAAUGGGAACUGGAUGAAGCAUUAAUGUGUUGUAUUAAAUUGUGUCAACAAAGAGAAUUUUCUCAGGAAAUAUUAGAACUGAAAAAAUAUGGACAAAUUAAAAUAAAGACAAGCAAAAUAACUAAUUUAAGCCCAUUUAUUGAUAAAGAUAGUGUAAUUAGAGUUGGAGGGAGAAUUCAGCAGUCACUGGAAAAUAAUAAUGUAAAGAAUCCUAUUUUAUUACCUCAUAAAUCGCACUUAACACACCUUAUUGUAGCCAAUGCUCACAAAAAAACGCUGCAUGGUGGUCCACAACUAAUGCAGAAUUAUUUACGUACAGCUUAUUGGAUUAUCAGAGCAAAAAAUGUAAUUAAACAGUACGUACGCAAAUGCAUAACAUGUAUAAGGCAUAAGGCAAGAACACAAACUCCAUUUAUGGGUAACUUACCUUCUGUUCGAGUUACUCCUGCACGUGCAUUUUUAUGUAGCGGAGUCGAUUAUGCGGGUCCGAUAAAUUUGAGAACAUCAAAAGGUCGAGGUCAUAAAUCGUACAAAGGAUAUAUAUGUUUGUUUGUGUGUAUGGUGACAAGGGCAGUCCAUCUUGAGGUAGUGAGUGACUUGUCAACUAAAGGUUUUAUUGAUGCAUUUAAACGGUUUGUAUCGCGUCGUGGUUAUUGUUCUGAGCUAUGGAGCGAUAAUGGAUCAAAUUUUGUAGGUGCUUCUAAAGAAUUAAAAUGUUUAUUUAAUGCAGAAAAUUCGUCGAUGUCCAAGGAAAUAGCUGAAAUUUUAGCUACAGAUGGUACUUCAUGGAAGUUUAUACCUCCUAGGGCACCUAAUUUUGCUGGUUUAUGGGAGGCAGGGAUCAAGUCCACAAAAUUCCACGUAAAACGCGUGAUUGGGGACGCUACUUUAACAUUUGAGGAAAUGUCUACACUUCUGUGCCAAGUGGAGGCAUGUUUGAAUUCGCGCCCAAUUUCAAUAAUGAGUAAUAAUCUAGAGGAACCAUUACCAUUAACUCCGGGACAUUUUUUAAUAGGAGAACCUCUAGUAAAUGUUCCUUCACCAAAUUAUGAAAACUUAAAUAUUAGUUCAUUAAAAAGAUGGCAAUUGGUUCAACGAAUGCUACAACACUUCUGGCGUAGAUGGUCCAAUGAGUAUUUGUCACAUUGUAUGCAAAGAUAUAAGUGGACACAUCAAAUUCCCGAACCUCAAAUUGGCGAUGUUGUCUUGAUUAAAGAGGAUGAUUUGCCUCCAACUAAAUGGCUUUUGGGUAAAAUUGUCGCAAAACAUACUGGAGCUGAUAAUAUUACGCGUGUAGUUACAUUAAAAUGUAAAAAUUCUCAGAUCAAACGCCCUGUUUCUAAAGUAUGUAUAUUGCCAGUUACUGAUGAUAAUAGUAAAGUGUAA